AUGGUUGGAAGCAUUGAUUGUAUGCAUUGGGAGUGGAAAAAUUUCCCAACCGAAUGGAAAGGACAAUACACACGUGGAUCGAGAAAACCGACAAUUGUCUUAGAGGCAAUAGCUUCGCAAGAUCUUUGGAUUUGGCAUGCUUUCUUUGGUCCUCCAGGUACGUUAAACGAUCUUAAUGUCCUCGAUCGGUCCCCCGUUUUUGAUGACAUUUUGGAAGGUCGAGCUCCAAGGGUCCGGUACGUCGUCAACGGACACCAGUAUGAUUUGGCGUACUACCUCACCGACGGUAUAUAUCCAAAAUGGUCAACAUUUAUCCAAUCUAUCUCACUCCCCCAAGGUGGUAAAGCAGAGUUAUUUUCUAAAGUUCAAGAAUCAACCCGAAAAGAUGUGGAGCGGGCUUUCGGAGUAUUGCAGGCUCGGUUUGCUAUUGUUAAAAACCCAGCUCUUUUAUGGGACAAGGGGAAGAUAGGGCAGAUUAUGCGAGCAUGUAUCAUACUACACAAUGUGAUUGUCGAAGAUGAACGGGAUGGAUACACUCAGUACAAUACAACUGAAUUUGAAGAAGGAGAGACAUCAAGAAGUUCACAAGUGGAUAUGUCCUAUAGUACCGAGAUGCCUUCAAAUCUCGGGAACAUGCUUGGGAUUCGGAAUCAUCUCCGCGAUAGGCGUAUACAUGAUCAAUUGAAAAUCGAUUUAAUUGAAAAUGUUUUGAUUAAAUUUGGUGCUGAAUAUUAA